AUGAGUGACUUAUGGGCAUCUAUUGCUGCAGACACCGUGAAGUGCCGCAACAGCCGGGAGCAGCAGCAGCUGCAGCAGCAGCAACAGCAGCAGCAGCAGCAGCUGUUAGAGCCGGGUGCCCUGUGGCCUGGGGGCAGCAGGGUGUGUCCUGCUGCUGCCUUUGCUGCAGCAGAGUGUCUCCUGUUAGCAUACACCUCAAGAGGGCGUCUCUUUCUUUUUCCUUUGUCUUUUCCAGAUAUUCAGCUGCAGCAGCAGCAGCAGCUAAUGCUGCAGCAGCAGCAGCAGCAAGGGGGAUUCACCCUGGGGAGACAGGGAGGACUUGCGCUAGGGACAGUGCCGCUGCAGUUGCUGACAGCAGACUGUCCGUCUCUGCCGGGUCCUGUCUUCUUCCCUGUUUUUUCAGAACAAGCAGCAGCAGCAGCAACUGCAGCAGCAGCUGCUGCUGCAGCAGCAGGAGAGACAGCAGCAGACUCCUGCUGCAGCGCAGGCCUAGGCGUCCUCGGUGUUACUCCUAGUAGGCCUGAUCGUCUUAUGAUUGGUUGGUCCCUUCGUAAGCACUUCCCUGCAGCAGCAGCUGCAGCAGCAGAAGCACCUGAAGCAGCAGCAGUUGCAGCAGCAGCAGCAGCAGCAGCAACUGCAGCAGCAGCAGCAGCAGGAGAUGUAUGGAACGAAGCAGGAGCUACUUUCUCCUUUAGUCUUAGUGAAGUAUGGCGCAUCCCUACAGCACUACGGGGAUCGCUGCAGCAACUCAGCAGCAGCAGCAGCAGCAACAGCAGCAGCAGCAGCAGCAGCAGCGGUGCCAUUGUUAAACGGAAGGAGUCUCCAAUGCCUUCGAUGUUCAAUCCAUCUGCUGCUCUCUUUGGUGCAGCAGACAGCAGCAGCAGCAGCAGCAGCAGCAGCAGCAGCAGCAGCAGCAACAGGUUGCGUCUUCUAUCGGAGCCAGCAUCCUUCUGGGGCUCUGUUGACGGCCACAAGCACUUGCUGCAGUGGCCGUUUGCAGCUAACAGCAGCAGCAGCAACAGCAGCAACAGCAGCAGCAGCAGCAGCAGCAGCAGCAGGAGCAGCAAACACUGUGUUAGCUGCUGCCUAGCAGAGAGCCAAGGAGGUGUUUAUUUUAUAUCUUCUUUCUCUGAUGGUACAGUAACAGCAAUACAUCUAAAUCGUGCUACUCGUAAGAAUAAUAAGCAGCAGCAGCAGCAGCAGCAGCAGCAGCAGCAGCAGCAGCAAUGGCAACAACAACAACAGCAGCAGCAGCAGCAGGUACUAGAAGAAGCAGAUAACUGUUUCUCUAUAGGAGGGGGGCCCCCUCUCCUCUGGCCUCCAGCAGAGCGCAUGCAUGCAUCUGUAUAUUUGUUGCCUACUCCCUCUAGUACUAUAGACCCUCGCCUAUCAUCUGAAUCAGCAGCAGCAGCAGCAGCAGCAGGAGGUGCAGCAGCAGCAGGAGGAGGUAGAGGAGCACCAGGGUGCAGCGGGAAAAAGACAAUAAUUACUGCAUUAUGCAGCAUUAGUAGUCUACUAGUAGGGGGAUUAACAAACAAUGGGGAUUUAUUACUAUGGUGUUUACCAGGGUGUUUAUUGGUGGGGUUUCUCCCUAUGGUGUUACCUUCUGCUGCUGCUGCUGCUUAUAGGGUAUUAUCUGCUGCUGGAGGCAGCAGCAGAGCAGCAUAUGAUAGUUGGUGCUUUGCUGCUGCAUCUACAUGUGGUGUUCUUGCUCUUAUUGAUUGCAGCAAACUAUUAACACCUGCUGCAGCAACUGCAGCAGCUGCAGCAGCAGCAGCUGCUGCUGCUGGUGGUAGUGCAGCAGCAAUUGCAGGGGGGGGUCCAUCUACGACAAGUACUGGAAGAGGAAUGACUGCUGCUGGUGUUGCUGCUGCUGCUGCACCUGCUGCAGCAGGUGCAGCAGCAGCAGCAGCAGAAGCAGGACAAGAAUUAGUAGGGUUUGUAGAGACACCAAUAUCAAUACAUUAUAGAGGUGCAGCAGCAGGAGGUUGUCUCCGUUUGCUGCUGCAGCAUAUACCACGUCCUACUAACCCUCAAGGUAUAUUCUUGCUGCAGAGACACCCCAACUGCAGCAGCAAAUUGCUGCGCAAGGUAGCAGCAGAUCUUCUGUCUGAUUGCUGCUGCGGCAUAACAACUACAACUCUUUUCUUAUGGAAAAUACAAUCAGGUUUGCUGCUAGCAGUUAUACCUUUGCUGCAGUUACCUGGUCUUAUACAACAGCAGCAGCAGCAACAGCAGCAACAGCAGCAGCAACAGCAGCAGCAGCAGCAGCAGCAGCUGUAUCUACCUAAACAAUUCUGUCUCUUUAUACAAAAUCAUAGUCUCUUUGCUUCUUCUCCGCACAUGGAGUUAACUAGAUGGGGUAUAGCUCUUGGUCAUCUGCAGCUACCUACUACCUCUUGCUGCUGCUGCUGCUGCAGCAGCCAACAACAGCAACAGCAGCAACAGCAGAGGGAGCAGCUACAGCAGCAACAGCAGCAGCAAGAGGAAGAGGAGGAUCCAACACCUAUGUUGGGCUCGCAUAUCUUCGCCCCUAAACCUAGAGGAGACAUUACUACUACCAGCCGCUUCCCGCUGCUCAGCAGCAGCAGCAGCAACAGCAGCAGCAACAGCAACAGCAGCAGCACAGGCAAGACAAAUGGAAAUGCAGCAACUAUACAGCACUGUAACGGGCAGCAGCAUCGGCGCGCGGGUGCUGCUGCUAGCUUAACACCGCUGCUGCAGCAAGUAUCUGGGGCAACAGCAGCAGCAGCAGCAGCAGCAGAGACAGCAGCAGAAGCAGAGGCACCAUGUGCUUCCUGUUGCUGCGGUGCAGCACAAUACACCAUAUAUGCAAAUUGUGGUGUCUUAAUGCUGCCCCUAGAUAAUUUGUCAAUGAGCAGCAGCAGCAGCAGCAGCAGCGACAGCAGCAGCAGCAGCAGCAGCAGCAGUUUGCCAUUACAGGCUUUGCUGCUAUCGGGUUUCUUUGCACCCUUUGGGUUUGCUGCUGCAGCAGAUGCUGCGCUGCUGCAGCUAUUCCCUUUUUUGCUGCCUCCUCCUCUUCCUCUCUUCCCUGCCUUAUUAGGGGUAGAGAUGUCUCUUGCUAUUCCUUUGCCUUCCUUAGUAUUAAAGGCAAUGGCAGCAGAUCUGCUGCAGCAGCAGAUUGUUGCUGCUGCAGCAGCAGCAACAGCUGCCCGUCGAGCUGCCCGAGAGGUGCUGCUGCACCAUCAACAGCAAACCCAGCCGGCAGCGGCAGCAGCAACUGCUGACAGCGUCGCACUGGCUGCUGCUGCUGCUGCAGCAGAAGCAGCAGCAGCAGCAACAGAAGGGCUGUUACACUGUCAUGCUGGUUCGCAUGCAUGCGGUGCUGCUCCGCUUCCUGCUGCUACUGCUGCUGCACUAGCUGCGCAUGCAGAUGCAGCAGCAGCAGCUGUUAUAGAAGGUGCAGCAACUGCUGCUGCACCUCCUGUGAGUUGUCGCUUGCUGCGUCGCUGGCAGCAGCAGCUAAAGUGUAAAGCCAACAGCAGCAGCAGAAGCAGCAGCAGCAGCAGCAACAGCAGCAGCGUCGUGGCGUCAACUCUACGUCUUCCUUCUCUCCGCAGUUUAAGCUCUGCUGUCCAACUGACGUAUCCUCCCCCUAGUGCAGCAGCAGCAGCAGCAGCAGCAACACCAACAGCAGCAGGAACAGCAGCAGCAGCAACAGCAGCAGCUGCUGCUGACGAUAGACUGUAUGAGGCCUUAGAUUUGUCUCUUUCUUCUCUUUCUUAUAAACCUAAAGCCCCAACAUCAUGGGCAUCGCAUGCAGCAGCAAUGCGCAGCAGCACGACUGCAGCAGCAGCAGCAACAGCAGCAGAAGAUGCACUGUCGCGAAAGGUUGCUGCUGUUUACAGAAGACGCCAAAGGCAACAACAAUUGCAGCUGCAACAGCAGCAGCAGCAGCAACAGCAGCAGCAGCAGCAGCAGCAGCAGCAGCAGCAGCAGCUGUGGAUGAUUGAGCUGUCUACCUACAGACUGAAGCAAGAAUGCAUUGUGGGGUCCCCAGCUGCUGCCUCCACCGCAGCAGGAGGAGCAGCAGCAAGGACAGCAGCAGCAGCAGAACGCAGGGAUGGUGCGUUACUGCUAGCAGCAGCAACGGGAGGAGGGUCAAAAGGUACAGCAGCAGGAGCAGCAGCAGCAGCAGCAGCAGGAGUGUCGCAUAUAUGCCGCGCUGUCCCUGAGGAGAGAGUUCUAUGGGCAGUAUCUAGAGGAGGAGCUCCUACUGCAGCAGCAACAGGAGCAGCUGCAGCAGCAGCAGGAUCUGCUGCUGCUGCUGCUGCAGCAGCAGCAGGUCUGCUGCAGCAUCAGCAGCUACUGUCCCCUGCUGCACUUGAUGGUCCUUGUUUGCUGCUGCAGCACUCCCCUGUACUUGCUGCUUCUCCCUUCCUUAAGGCUAAAUUUAUCUCCUCCUUCUCUUUGCUGCUGCGCUGCUGCUGGCUGCCGCUGCUGCGUCUCCCUAAUAAGGAGACAGAUGAAUUAGGGACAGCAAUAGAGCAGUGUCUCCUUAAUAGUCUGCAGAGGCUAGGACAGUCUUACCCUACCCUCGUGCAGCAGCAGCAGCAGCAGCAACAGCAACAGCAACAGCAGCAACAGCAACAGCAGCAGCACUUUUUGCUGGUUCCGCAGCAGCAGCAGCAGCUGUUGCUACCUCCGCAGCAGCAGCAGCAGCAGCAAGGAGAGAGAGGAGAGACACCUGUACCUCCUAUUAGUCUCUUUGCUCUUGCUUACUCCUGUCUACCUAGAGGAGACACAGGAGAAGUAUCUGCUGCUGCGCUGCAGCUGCUGCAGUAUGCUAUCUGCUGCAGCAGCUGCACCAACUUGCUGCAGGACAUCGAGGCAGCUCUGCGUCUCCUUUGCUGCGCAGCAGCAUGGGGUAUUGGACCAGCAGCAGCAGCAGCUGCUGCUGCUGCUGCUGCUGCAACGGGAGAAGUCCAUAAGGUAAGCCCUAGAGGGUUUACUGCUAACCCUAAACCCUAG